UCCUCCAACUUUUAUGCCAGCCUUCAUUAAUUUUUCCAGCCUUGGCUGCCCUCCAGGAUCUGUUUCUGCUUUUACAGCUACCGAUUGCACAGCAUUUCUGCUGAGGAAGAGAAUUAGAUGCCAACAAAAGCUUUUAACAGCCAUCAGUGUGAGAAGUGAGCCUUCCUGAAGGUGUAGCACCAGCUAGCUGCUUAAGGAUUUCCCGCUCUCUUGGAAUUAAACCCAAGGGACAGAGGAUGUCAGAACAGUCAUAGGUGAACUUUGAGAGUCUCCUCUAGAAGGCUGUCUUUGGGGGACCCACAGCAAAGGAUAUGGAUCUGUAGGGAACAAAAGCCGCAGUCCCAUAUAGUGCCACAGUGGCAACAGUGCAGCAGUAGCUGUUUCACAUGCACAUACAGUGUUGCUGCUGUUGGCUCUUCUCUCCCGGGAUGGGCAGGGAAAUCGCUCACAUGCAGGGAUGGAGUUAGAGUUCCUUGGAGUAACUAACUCCCACAUGGCUUGCUGUUCAGAUAGACACUGGGCUCUGAAAGGAGCAUGCUACUGAAGGCAAAGGCUUCUUUGGCCCUGUGCCAGGAACUCCCUCUCCCACGCUCUGGGCCCACAUUGCCACUGACGUGGGGCAAAGGGGCAUCCUGAGGGGCGGAGGAAGCAAGCAUCAGAGUCAUAUAGGUCCACUAGCAUCUGCUCCUUUUGAAUUCUCUUAGCAGAGAGGACUAUAUAGCCCUAAGGUAUUAAGGGUAUUGAAAUCUCAGCCUAAUUGAGAUUUUUUUGUUUUUGUUUUAAGUAUAUUUAAAAAUAAAUGAGGACGAGAAAAUAUUUUGUGGUACUGAAUGUCAGACUGAAAAGCUGCAGCAAGUCUUUUGUUGCCAUGUUCAAAGACUAGCUGUGCUAUCUCACAAAUACAUUUCUAUUAAAGCAAAACAGAGGAUUUGAGGAGGAGAAACCGUUUACCUUAGAUAUUUCAAAAAGAACCUAGUAAUAAAGAUAUGAAUUAUUGUAGCCCACAAAUCAUAAAAUUCACACAGGUGGUUACAUUUGCCAUCAGCCCAUAAAGUAAUUAACUAAAGUAUUAAAAUCCUGGGGGUUGAAUCAGUAAGUGAUGGAGUUCUCUUAUGCAAUAUCAAUUAGCUCAUUCAAAUUAUGCUCAUCCCUUGCCAUAUCCUGUUCAUUGAAUGGCUGACUAAAUACUUCUAUAGGAAGGCAGGAUUGUCUGGCUAUGUAGACUCCCUCCUCAGGCCCUACGCUACCAGCACUCCCAGCUACCUUCGAGACACCACUGACUUCCUGAGGAAACUACAAUCCAUCAGUGAUCUUCCUGAAAACACCAUCCUGGCCACUAUGGAUGUAGAAGCCCUCUACACCAACAUUCCACUCAAAGAUGGACUACAAGCCAUCAAGAACACUAUCCCCGAUAAUGUCACGGCUAACCUGGUGGCUGAACUUUGUGACUUUGUCGUUACCCAUAACUAUUUUACAUUUGGGGACAAUGUAUACCUUCAGAUCAGCGGCACUGCUAUGGGUACCUGCAUGGCCCCACAGUAUGCCAACAUUUUUAUGGCUGACUUAGAACAACGCUUCCUCAGCUCUCGUCCCCUAACGCCCCUACUCUACUUGCGUUAUAUUGAUCACAUCUUCAUCAUCUGGACCCAUGGAAAAGAAGCCCUUGAGGAAUUCCACCAUGAUUUCAACAAUUUCCAUCCCACCAUCAACCUCAGCCUGGUCCAGUCCACACAAGAGAUCCACUUCCUGGACACCACAGUGCUAAUAAACGAUGGUCACAUAAACACCACCCUAUACAGGAAACCUACUGACCGCUAUUCCUACCUACAUGCCUCCAGCUUUCACCCUGACCACACCACACGAUCCAUUGUCUACAGCCAAGCUCUGCGAUACAACCGCAUUUCCUCCAACCCCUCAGACAGAGACAAACACCUAUAAGAUCUCUAUCAAGCAUUCUUACAACUACAGUACCCAUCUGCGGAAGUGAAGAAACAGAUUGAUAGAGCCAGAAGAGUUCCCAGAAGUCACCUACUACAGGACAGGCCUAACAAAGAAAAUAACAGAACGCCACUAGCCGUCACCUUCAGUCCCCAACAAAAACCCCUCCAACGCAUUAUUAAGGAUCUACAACCUAUCCUGAAGGAUGACCCAUCACUCUCACAAAUCUUGGGAGACAGGCCAGUCCUUGCCUACAGACAGCCCCCCAACCUGAAGCAAAUACUCACCAGCAACCACAUACCACACAACAGAACCACUAACCCAGGAACCUAUCCUUGCAACAAAGCCCGUUGCCAACUGUGCCCACAUAUCUAUUCAGGGGACACCAUCACAGGGCCUAAUAACAUCAGCCACACUAUCAGAGGCUCGUUCACCUGCACAUCCACCAAUGUGAUAUAUGCCAUCAUGUGCCAGCAAUGCCCCUCUGCCAUGUACAUUGGCCAAACUGGACAGUCUCUACGUAAAAGAAUAAAUGGACACAAAUCAGAUGUCAAGAAUUAUAACAUUCAUUAACCAGUCGGAGAACACUUCAAUCUCUCUGGUCACGCGAUUACAGACAUGAAAGUUGCUAUAUUACAACAAAAAAACUUCAAAUCCAGACUCCAGCGAGAAACUGUUGAAUUGGAAUUCAUUUGCAAAUUGGAUACAAUUAACUUAGGCUUGAAUAGAGACUGGGAGUGGCUAAGUAAUUAUGCAAGGUAACCUAUUUCCCCUUGUUUUUUCCUAUACCCCCUCCCCCCCCCAGACAUUCUUGUUAAACCCUGGAUUUGUGCUGGAAAUGGCCCACCUUGAUUAUCAUGCACAUUGUGAGGAGAGUGAUCACUUUGGAUGGGCUAUUGCCAGCAGGAGAGUGGGUUUGUGUGUGUGGUGGGGG